AUGAGUUGGGCAUUUGUCCAAAAGGUGUUACCUCCAAUGUGUUCCGCUUUAAUGUGUCCUCGGCAGAGAAGAACAGCACCAACUUGUUCCGGGCCGAGUUUCGGGUGCUGCGUGUGCCCAACCUGAGCUCCAAACGCAGCGAGCAGCGCAUUGAGCUCUUCCAGAUCCUUCAGCCGGAUGAGCACAUAGCAAAGCAGCGCUACCUCAGUGGCAGGAAUGUGCAGACACGGGGCUCCCCUGAGUGGCUGUCCUUCGAUGUCACCGAGACUGUGCGUGAGUGGCUUCUGCACAGAGAGUCCAAUCUUGGCCUGGAAAUUAGCAUACACUGCCCUUGCCAUACUUUUCAGCCCAACGGGGACAUCUUGGAGAAUUUGCACGAGGUCUUGGAGAUCAAGUUCAAAGGCAUUGACAGUGAGGAUGACUAUGGCCGUGGAGACCUGGGGCGCCUGAAGAAGCAGAAAGACUUGCAUAAUCCCCACCUCAUCUUGAUGAUGUUACCCCCACAUCGGCUGGAGGGCCCAGCAUUGGGAGGCCAGAGAAAGAAACGGGCCCUAGAUACCAACUACUGUUUCCGGAACCUGGAGGAGAACUGCUGCGUGCGUCCUCUGUACAUCGACUUCCGACAAGACCUUGGCUGGAAAUGGGUCCAUGAGCCUAAGGGCUACUUUGCUAACUUUUGUUCGGGCCCCUGUCCGUACCUCCGCAGCGCAGACACCACUCACAGCACGGUGCUGGGCUUAUACAACACGCUGAACCCUGAGGCAUCCGCUUCGCCCUGCUGUGUCCCCCAGGACCUGGAGCCGCUCACUAUCUUGUACUAUGUCGGGAGGACCCCCAAAGUGGAGCAGCUCUCCAACAUGGUGGUGAAAUCCUGCAAGUGCAGCUGAAAGGCACCCUGGCCCACCCAAAGCCAAGAGAGAAACUGUCAGCACCCACUCUCCUGCUCCCAGGCUAACACAAAAGGAACUGGGGGUCAGAGACUACACAUGCUGAGGGCCGAGUGCCAAACCCUGUGGCUUAGGGUCUGGCAGCCCUUGGGGAUCUCUUCUGGAACAUUUCUUGGUCUUGUUGGCAGUGUCAUGUUCCUUCUGGGAGUUUGGUGACACGAAGGCCACACUCUCCAAAAUGGCUGGACAGUUGGUGCGGAAGAGAAGGACAAGGGUGGAGGAACUGCUGUGUAUUUGAAUGCUGGGUGGUUGAGCUGGGAAAGCGAGGGAAUGAGAGAGAGCAGGUGAAAGGGGGAAUGGAAAUGGGGUGAUGUUUUCUAUUCUAGCUUUAGCUAUCUUAGGACCUCCCCACUGGCCUGAAGAAUUAAACGUUUCCCCUGUAAGAGGAAACCCUGAAAUUUUCUUUAGUGAAAGAAAAUGCACCAAGAAGGGAAGCUGCUGAGAGAAGAAAUGCUCAGAGAUACGCUUAGACUUUUGUUCCUCAGAGCUGUGAUCCAGGAGUCCUGCAACUGAAACUCUCUGUCUGCCAAACCUGUAAGUUCAGUUGGCAGAUCCUGGCUAUUGGUUUCUAAAUGCAAACUGCAAGGCUCCCAGCCAGCCUGCUGAGGGUGGGCAAAUACAAGGAAAGAGGGUGCUGAAUCCGUUUUCAGAGGGACU